AUGACUGCAGAACCAUUAUUCAAGAAGCAAAAGGUCAGCAAUAGGGACGAGCCAGAAGAGAGCAAACCGUGGGUUGAGAAAUACAGGCCAAGAAAGCUAGAUGACGUCGCAUCACAAGCACACGCGAUUACGGUGCUAAAGAGAACUCUGGAGUCCGCCAACUUGCCGCAUAUGCUUUUCUAUGGUCCACCAGGUACCGGGAAAACAUCAACGAUCCUUGCGCUAACGAAGGAGCUUUUCGGGCCCAGUCUAAUGAAAAGUAGGGUCCUAGAACUGAACGCGUCCGAUGAACGGGGUAUUUCCAUUGUUCGCGAAAAGGUGAAGAACUUUGCACGUCUGACAGUGACCAAUCCAACGAAGGAGGAUCUCGAGCAAUACCCGUGUCCUCCCUACAAGAUCAUUAUCCUCGACGAGGCAGACUCUAUGACUGCGGAUGCGCAGAGCGCGUUACGGCGCACCAUGGAGACGUAUUCGAGCGUCACGCGAUUUUGCCUCAUCUGCAAUUAUGUGACUCGCAUCAUCGAUCCCCUGGCAUCCAGGUGCUCCAAGUUCCGCUUCAAACCGCUUGAUAACGUGAAUGCAUUGGGUAGGCUCGAGCAGAUUGCGCAGCAGGAAGCGCUGAGUUACGAGGCGGGCGCGCUCGAGAAGGUUCUCCAUAUAGCAGAGGGAGACCUGAGAAAGGCGAUCACGUUGCUCCAGACUGCAGCAAAGAUGACCUCUUACAUGGCAGCAGAGAAGAUAACAAUUGCACAGGUUGAGGAACUAGCGGGCGUUGUGCCAGAUGACAUUAUAAAAGGACUAGUUGAGAAGAUAGAGUCGAAGGAUCUGACGGAAAUUACGAAGUUCGUUAAUAAGGUCGUGAAGAGCGGAUGGUGCGGAUCCUCCAUCAUAUCUCAACUCCACGACUACUAUGCUGAGAAUAAUGAGUUGGAUGCUGAGAAAAAGACCAAGAUUUUCUUAUUGCUCUUUAAGACGGAUUCUAGGCUUUCGAAUGGUACCGACGAACACAUACAGCUCCUGGAUUUAGCGAUGAAGAUCACGCAAGUCUAA